AGUCAAAAUGGGUGUUGACAUACAAACGUAUCGUGCUAAGAUCGGUACAUUCAGACAUUCCAGUGGAGCCGAUGUGGUAACCCUUGUUCUUGUUGUCAACUUUAGUCAAGGCCUCAAAGCUAUUGGUAGUGUUUUGUUCAUUGGUAUCCUCCUGAUGAUGGCGGGCAUUGAGUCAAAUCCAGGACCAACUGAGUCUGAAAAUACCUAUCAAAAGAAAGAAAUGAAAACUACUAAAGUUAAAGUAACAGGUUUCAUGGAAAACCUUGAUCGAGAUGUGAUUAUAUUAUUCCUUGAAGAAAAAAGUGGCAGUAAAGUACAAAAAAUGACCAUGGACAACGAUAGCAAGAGUGCAAUUAUUGAGUUUCUGGACAGCAAAGCGGUAGAUGCGAUCAUGCAACAACUUCCUUUGAAUUUUGCUGGGUCGGAAAUAUCUGUUGAAACAUACGGUAAGCAACAUUUUAAAGGAUACAGUGAUAAAAAGCAAGCGACACAAAUCCUUGUGACUGGACUACCAAUUGACGCAACUGCUGAACAUCUUAUAUCGGUUUUGGAGAACAGAGAUCAUCAAGGAGGCGGUAGAGUUAAAGACGUUAAAGUUGAUACUUACGAGAAAUCUGCCAUUGUAGAAUUUGAAGAAGCAUCAGGUUGGAAAAUCUCAUUUUAG